AUGUCAAGUGAAAUCGACUGGUCGAACGUUUUGGAUUCCGACAAGAAUACAGACUUUCAGAGUGCUGAAAAACUAAGAGAAUUCUACAAGAAAUUAGUGCAAACAGAUGCAAAAAUAAAAACGCUAAAAAGACUCAGCGUGCAAAAUGACCCACCGUACAUAGAUGACGAUUUUAUGGCAAAACCUCCUGAAAGGGCCAAACGGUCACUGAAAAUCAAUAAACACCCACCACGAUAUGUCAUCAGGCAUAGAAGAUCAGUCUUCAAUAAACACCAUAAUAUUAAUGAGAAAAGAAAAGCAAACGGCACAAGAAUGAAGAGAUUUGGCGCCGACUCUGAAGAACCAACUGGCUUUGUUAUCGAAAAAAAGAAACUUAUAGUACAAUACAAGCCUGUAGCUAAAACGAAACUACCAGUGAAAAAGUGCUCGCACGCACCAAAAGACCAAAUUUCACACACACAUGAGAAUCAGCUAAAACAUCCGUUUUAUAAAAACACACAAAGACUAGACGAGUUACUUGAUAGAUUUUUGAAUAAGAAUCUACCUGAGUUAAUGACUGAUCCUUUCGGUUUAGACACGCUUUUCAAUAAAGAUAAAGAAAAUAAACUUUGUAAGCAUCCUAACCCUGCGAAAAAUGUUAAUAUUAUUGGUAGAGAUCAGCUGGUUGAUCAGAUACCAAAACCGAGGCUGAAAUAUAAGAAAGUGAAUGUAGUUGAGGAUAAGAUGGGUACACAGUCGGCAGAUCUGGUGAAGAUGCUGAAGCCAGAAGCUUCGACACAGUAUGAGAAGGCAUUCUAUAAUCAUGAAGCUGAAAUGAUGGGACAAGAGAAGCAGAAGAUUGUGACUUCUAGUCCUAGUGAUUUUGAAGUUUUGCUCAGUGUUUCGACAAUUAUGAACCCUGAUCUAAAGAAAACUGGGAAGGUUCAACCCACCCAACCGUAUAGGGACAAGGAGCCCCUUAUAGAUAAAGUGCCGAACAUCAGAAGACUGAUGCAGCUUGAAACUGGUGAAGAUGAUGAGAAUCUGGGUUACGAAGACUUUAAAGAAGUUCUGACGGAUGAUAUGGAAGGCCAUGAUGAUAUGGAUAAAGCUGGGGAUAGGAGGAAGAGGAUGAAUAAUUUGCAGGACCAACCGGCAACGCCGAAUGAAAAAGUGAAGUACAAUCCUCCUGGAGUCCAUAACCCGAAUUGGAAAGGUCCGAUGCCUUUGUACCCUGAUGAGCUGAACUCCAUGAUCAGACAUUCUGCUUUGAACGUUAAUAAGGUCGACAGCCCCCCAAAAACGCAUGAAAUCCAAUCAGUAUUCCUACAAAGGAAGGGUCGAGAUUUAUCCGACGUUGAAUACGUAGAAGACUACUUAAAGAAUAAAUAUGAAAGUCUAGUUGAAAUGGCUCAAGCAUACAGUGAUUAUGGCGUACUAGAUGGUAAAAAAGACGCUAGGAAUGAGAAAAACUCGCCAUCGGAAGCAACGGCUACUGAUCAUAGAAUCAAACUGUCGGUAGAUGAUGGUUCGUACAAAGCUGGUCUACUCGGGAGGCUCAAAAGAGGUAGACUCCCAAACUUACUGAGGACCACCAGUCCUGGCGUUCGUCUGCAGAGGACUGUUUUGGAUGAAGAGAUGGCAGACACCAGUACUCAGCAGACCGCAAACAUUGCUAGUGCAAUUUACUACACCAGCCCAUACAACUCGGAAGGCAUAAGAUUCGAAUUACGACCCACAACCAAAGCAAGAGAAGACGAUGCCAUGAAUGUUAUCAGAAUGCUCUCAAAACAUCUUAAAAUUAAAUCGAGCUCCAAAUCCAAUUUCAAAAUACAAAACAGCAAAGAUAACGCAAACGCAGCCAAACAAUCCAGUUUUAUACAUUCUACUCUUAUCUCCUCAUACCCAGAUAUGGAACUAGUGUACAGUACGAAAUCUAGCUAUAAGACUACUGAAUCCACAACUAUGCAAGAUUUUAAAAGCCCAGAGGACGACAGUGAGAGCGGUGGACUUAUUUUUGCUCUCGGCAGAGGCAAGAGAAAUCUGCUGUCAACUGAUUUUAAUGACUACCCCGAUGCUAAUGUCUACAGGACAGGCACUCUAGCCAAUGGAAGUGCUUAUGAUCAAUUUGUUGAUAAAUUUAACAUGAAACAGUAUAUGUACAACGCGACAUAUGAAAAUGAUCUCGAACCCUACAUUGAAAGAGUUACACAGAAUAAUAUCGAGGUUUUUAGUACUGCUCAUCCAUUUUUAGCGAAUUAUAGUGAACACGAACAGAUUGUAACUUCUGCGACUACAGUGAGACAGAUUAGUGAUGCUGAUAGUAACGUUGCUAACCUUUCAGCAGCAGAUACUAUAAUAACAAUCAAUAACAGUGAAAUAAGACGAGAUUUUUGUUCAGGCAAUGGUUUUCUAGGAAAAAUAUUACUAACAGUAAAAAACCCUGUCAUAGGAGUUGAGAAUGUUGAUGUCCAAUUUGAUUUACCUAUAAUAAUCAACUUCAAUGAUGAACUAAUGAUGAUGAAUGAUAAUAUAAAUUUCCCGUUUGAACUAUUUACGGAAUCACCGGAUUUAAGUGAGACGGAAUUCGAUUCAUAUUUCGGGACGGUACUUGAUAAUGUUUUGGAUACUAAAAGCUAUUUACCAAACAUGAGAAAUAGAAGAGAGAGUAAAGUUACAGCAACAUUGGUGACUGUAUCAAAUGGUACAAAAAUAUCAUUUGAUAAUCCAACAAAUGUUACUGAUAUUGAAGACUCAACAGAUACAACUACUCCAGUGAUACCUGAUAAAACUACGAAUGUUACUGAAAAAACUACUACUAGUACAACGAAUGUUACUGAAACAACUCCUAGGACUACAAGUGGUAACGAAAGUACCACAAUUUGGACCACAAAUGUGACUCCAAGAACUUCUCCUGACUUACCUGCAAAUUCCACUGGAAAGUAUUCAGUAAAUUACAGUAUAUCGCUGAAGCCUGAUAGGUCUAUACGUUCAAGUGAAUCAGAGAAUAUGACGCUAAGUGAUUUCUUUUCAAUGGUCUCUGAUUGGUUCAAAGCUCUAGAAGGUGUUAAGUUAGAGAAACGGAAAGAGGAAAGUGAAUCUCGUCCGGAACGCUCAGACAUGAUAAUCUUUAUAAAUAGCUCCAAUGAAUCUAACUUAACAACAACAGAACCUACAUAUGCCGUGUACGAUUCUGAAAUGAUUGAGAACAUAGGCCAUCGGUCCAGGGUUCUACUCUCCGUUGAUGAUGAUAGCAAACAGCCGAACAUAACUAGAGAAAUGACCACUUUUGAACAUACUAAUAUAACAAGCGUGAGAAUAUUGCCCAUCGAUGGUAAUGACGAACCUAUGAACAUAACGUCAAUGGCACCAACAGCUUUAUCUAACAUUAAAAUAAACGUAACUGCUAUAACAAGCAAGGCUCCGAAAAAUACCUUCCCCCAAGUUACCAAGAAAAAAGCGAAUCGAAAGGCCGUCUUCAAGAGAAAUGCUGAAGAUAGUAAUUUAAUAUUUUGGAAUGAUAUUUAUGAUGACGAGUAUGGUAUACAGAAUGAUAAAUUGGAUAAUUCUAUCAGAGACAAGCACUCUGUGAAGGAGAAUGAUUUUAUUAAGAGAUCAGGCAGAUGGGUACACGACAAAAUAAAGAAAUUUGCUGAAAACCUAAAGAUAAAUCCACACACUGCUGAAGUGCCGAUCCUGAGAGCUGAUGAACCUGUCAAGCAGCGGAUGCGAAGAUCUGUGAAGCGACGUGGUAUGGUCACAUAUCCUAGGCACAUCUAUGAUAGACUUUAUGAUCAUAGAAGAGAAGCCGAUGAGGAAGAAGAAGACUACGAUGUAGACCAGAAGACCAUAUUCACACAGUUGUCUGCCAAUAUGAAGAAUGUUUGCAAGCAAGCAGCUAAGGCAGUUGAACAGACGAGAAACGUGCCAAAUUCAAAUGACAGCCCAAAAGCCGGCAGAGAAGAAAAUACUCAAGGAUCGAUAGCGUCAGCGCUGAUGCAGCAGCUGGUUCGUCUGCUCACAGACUUGGUAGACUAUCAGGUUCAGCAGAAGACUUGCACCAAACUACCACCAGACCUCCAAAGCUUCUUAGAAUGGCUCACAUACCCUAAGGACGAUGUUCAGGAGCAUGAACCGGACAUACAGACUUUCAGGACUCCGUAUCAGGAAGAAGAAAUCAUGGAGGAGUUGCAGGAUCUUCAGAAUGAAGAAAAGGUAGACCGCCUUGAAGAACCUAGACCAGCUGACAAAGCAGCAUCGAUGGAUAUCAGAACACAUUACCUGGACUGUUUACACUCGGUCCAGGAUCUGUUGGACUCCUACGAGGAAUUGAACGAUGAUGAGAAGAGUAAAAUGUCGGGCGUGAAGACUUAUUUAGAAAAUCAAAUGCAAUUUCUGAACAGGCAACUUUCUGGUUACGAUUUAUUCACAUAUUAUAUCCCACAGCUGUUCGAGAAGAACAACUCCCUUAGAUACAAGAGGGAACUUCAUACUAAGAAGGACCACUCCACAAAGCACAGACCGCGGAGAAAAUUACACAAAUUCAUUAAGAACUUUGGCAAGAAACACACGAGGACUACAGCGAGUUAUUACGAUGGAAUUCAGCUAACUAUGAAAAGGAAGACAGUUAAAGUCUAUGAAAGAAUAGACUCUAGAAAUCAAAAUGAUGGUGAUCAGAAACUCUCAAAGCGUAAUUUGAAAGAUGUUUAUUAUAAGGCCGUAGCUGAAGCUAAGAAGUAUGCGACAGUUAAGAAUAUUCAUAAGAAAGAUGAGAUAACUCAUUUUCAAACUAGCACUUCAAUAGUUCAUCACUAA